CAAAUAAGUUAUUCUUGUUGUAGCUGGUGGAACGUUAUCAACAAUGACUUCCCAGGUUCCUAAAUGGUUAAUGUUCUUCAAAGAUGCUGGAAUACCGGCUUCAGUCGCGAGCAACUAUGCUAUUKCCUUCUGUGAUCAUAGAAUACAGGAUGAUAUGUUGGCUGAUCUGACAAAGGAAAUUCUACGUGAUAUUGGAGUUACUGUAAUGGGUGACAUUAUUGCAAUAUUGCGACAUGCAAAACAGGUCCAUGCACAGGCUGAGAGAGAAAAAGCUGCCAAUGCUUUGGCAAUGAUUGAAGAACAAGAURCUGCAUCAGGAACAGAAACACCAACAAAAAAAUCCACAGCUGCAAGUCGAAUGGUUGACCAUUGGAUUAACAACCAAAGGAUGAGUAGUGGGACAAGAAGCCCUGUGUCUGGUACUGAAUCUCCAGUUCGUACCUCAGCAAAGAAAAGAUUAACAAUCAAAGCCAACGUAUCAGAACAUGAACCAAAAGCAAAAGUAGCAAGUUUGUCUGAUAGAUUUACAAUUAAAACCAUCCAACAGGCAACAGCAGUAUCAAAAAAGAAAACAUCUCCUAAGGUUCAGAAGAUAAGCGUGCACUUACCAAAUACUAACAAGAAAUUAUCUACCAAAACAAAGCAAACUGUGACAGUCCAACAGAAAAAAACAGCAACUACAACAACUCCAAAGGUGAAAGUUGACAAAAAGAAAUCAGUUUUUGAUCGACUUGGCGAAGAGCAACAGACGACAUCAAAACCUGAAGUCCAUCCACCAUCUUUAAAGCCUCUAAAAACAAGUGCUGUGACUUUGAAAACAGCAAAGACAAAAACACCUGCUGUAUCUUCGUCUUUACCCAUGUCAGUGUUUAGUCGCCUUGGCAACAUGUCUGAAGUAUCACCAGCACAACAAAAAGUAACCRUUCAAGCUGUCCUUCCUUCAAAACGGCCAACGGGAAUUUCAGUUGAUGAUGAUGAUGAUGAUUCAGAUGAUGGCAUUGAUUAUACAACUCAUAGCGUAUUGAGACCUCCAAGAACUAAACAAACUGUGAAAGUUAAACCUGUUAAACCGGUCAAACCAGUAAAGAGGACAGUGGGAGUAGUAUCUAAGGAAAUCAGCAGUGGAAAAUCUGUAUUUUCAAGGCUUGGACCUUGAAAUAAGAUAGAUCCAAAUUUUAGUGGAUGCAGUUUCAUAAAUCAAUUUCUGCCUCAGACAAAAUAUAGUUUAUUUUAGCAAGAAAAGUACAGUUAAUCUUGUUAGAGUUCAUUUUUAAUAUAGUGGAGUUUGGCUUUAACAGUAGAAGCUGUAAUUUAGCCAUUUUACCUUUUUAUCAGUAGAACGAGAUUGUGCAGUCAAUGUACUUUAUACUUGACAAUAAAGUUAUAACUACAGAUUUAGCAUUCAUGCAUUAUCAACUUUGACUUUGAACAAGGUACCAUGGUCCCCUAGCACUCAACAAUGCAGUCAUGGUUGAGAUAUUUCAUUUCCAUCCGUCAGUUUUAAUAUAGAAUAAAGGAAUAAGAAAUACAUGUA